AUGACCUCAAACAAUUCGAGACGACCCAUACUUCCGAAAACACAUUCGACUCUAUCUAUUGUUAAUCACAAGAAGUCUACUCCAGGAGUUGAUUCGACUCCAUUAACAAGUGCACCGUCGUCCUCAUCGUCAUCAUUGUCUUCAUUUAGAGCAAUUGCCCCAAAAUCAAAUCAGGAUCGCACAGUGAUUAUCACUUCUGAGGUGGUCAAACGUAAUGAAUCUAGUGAAGAUUUUGUUCACUAUUGUGAUAUUGAAUCAAGUAGUCAGGAUUUCAACCCUCUUAGAAACUAUCGUUCAAUAUAUGCUAAUAACGUCGUCCCUCGUAGUUAUUUGAGAGUUACGCACCAACGUGUUCUCUUGCCGUCUCAUACAAUUCCUCGAACUCCUGUUAAUUCUGAUACGCUUCCAUCUGGACCAUCUAGUUCUGGCUUUAAUGUCAAUAAGAAAGGGAGUCUUCGUCCAGUGGUUAAGUUUCUACUUCGUAUAGGUUCAGCACUUGUGCGUUCACAGUAUGAGCCAGUGGUUGGUAAAGAAGUAACUCCCCACCAGUUAUUACUGAGUAAUCGACGUAAACGCAGACGUGUUGAUGAGGAACCAACUCGAUUAUCUACAGAUAAAAUCAAUAUAGAAACUAUCAACAUUUCUCAUUUAGAAUGGAAACCAAAAACGCGUCAUCCACGUUGGGAAGACAUAUGGAAUUAUUGUCAUGAUUGUCGUUGUCCCUAUGUUCCUACAUCUGCCUUAGAAUUAUUGCGACAUCUAGAACGAGGUCACCAGAAACUAGUUAAUGUUAAUUCAAUAGUGAUACCCAAAAAAACACGGCUUGAAAAAGUUGAUUGUAAUGAUUGCAUGCUCAAUGCAGCAGAAUUAUUGGGCAAUAAACUGAUAAGCCGAUUUUAUGUCCCACUCACUGUAAAUAUCUUCGAUUCCUCUUCAAAUAUAUCACCAUAUACAUGUUUUGUCUGUCGACAAGUAAAUAAGUCUCAGCGUUUACUAGAAAAUCAUUUCCAACGCGUGCAUCCACAAUUAACCCCUGGGCGUAUAGAAAAACCAACAGUUAUCUUAUGUUCUAUAUGUGGCUUCCCUACACAGACUAAUCUAAUUAGACAUUCUUCUCAUCAUUUGCACUCCGAUGUUUCAAUACAUGUAUCAUGUAAAAGUAAUCCGUCAAUACAUAAUAGUGCUCCAUGGUCAGGAUGUGACGCUCACGCAUUAGCCUGUCUUAUGCUUUAUCCUACUAUGUAUGCUCGAUUCGGUUUACCUUUUCAUGUUGCUCAUUUUCUAUAUGCAUUAAUUCAACGUAUGUUAAUGGCUCGAAUAAAUCAAUUUGGUGGUUGGAGUGUUCAGUCUUAUACUUUAAGAUGUUGUGCAGCAAUAUCAGCCAUUUAUGGUGAACUUGUUGGUUCAGAUCAAGGUAAACCACUGAUUCAAUCAAAAAUGAGAAUUUUAGAACAUAAUAACAGCUUAAAAUCUGUAUUCUCAAAAGCAUCGAUUCCUUCAACUGUUUCUUUUUACAAUUCAACUCCCGCUCAAUUAAGGACAUGCAAUUCUAAAAGCGCUAUACCUAUUUCCCUAUCAACUGUAUUAGUUUCAUCAUCCUUACCGAUUCAGCCAUGUUUUGCUUCAUCAUCGUCUAGUGUAAAUCUAACUAAUAUAUCAUCAGUGUGUAUUUUACCUAAUUCGUCUCCCAUUACUUCCGUUUCUGAUUCGGCAUCGAAAUCUGUGACAGGCUCCAUAUUACCAUCUAUUUUGGUCAGUCAACCUACUACAACUCCAUCUGUUUCUGGAAAACAUACUUUACCUUAUGAAUCAAUGCCUCCUGUUUGUGUUACAAUCAGUAAACAGUCUAACCUUUUUAUGCAUAGAAAUACAAAAAUCCCGGCUACAUCAUCAUGGUCUGUUUUAUCGUCAUCAAAUCCAACUCUUUUAUCUUUCCUCUCUUCCAACCAAUCGAAAAUUCCUAUUCAACCAAAACCUGUCAUACCAGUUUCUGUUGGUUUAGCAUCUGAUAAUUUAUUACAACAACAAUCUUCACUUAUUAAUAAUGACGAUAAUACUAUUCGUGUUCAGGUGGGACCUAAUGGUCAAAUUAGACGAUGCCUGGGAAGUCAACCGCGUAGUUUACCUCGUGUUUUGCCAAUGUUAGAAGUUCCGUGUGAACUGUGCCCUUUCAAUAUUCCAACAGGAACAGAUGUUCAAAGUUUUCACGUUAUGUCUCGUCAUAGAGUUAAAGGUUUACGACAUAUCCCAACAAUUCCUUGUCGUUUAUGUGGUCAAUUAUUUUGGACAAAGGCUGGCGUAAUCCGUCACCAACAUGUUAGUUGUGCAUUUUGCGAUGAAAAAUCACUGUGUAAUUCAACUUACUAUCUACAUGAAAUUAUUAAGCAUCCUCAACACUUUGCCUAUCGGUUGAAUAAAGAUGUGUAUAAUUGUCCACAAUGUUGUCGUGUGUUCUCGGAUAUGAUUUCAUUCAUAAUUCAUUUACAAACUGUACACUUUUUCACUGUACCAGAUGAAAUAAAUAAUCAUAUAUGCAAAUAUGGUUCUACAAGGAAUAACCAAAUAAAUUUUAAUAAUUUAACAAUGAGUUCAAAAUUAGUUAAUCUUUCUACAUUGUAUUCAUCAUUAUCCAUGUCAACAAUAUCUGUAUCAUAUUCAUUACCGGAUAAUAUUGCUGUAUAUAUAAAGCCUGAAGAAAUACCAUGUUGGAAAUGUUCAGUUUGUAAUACACAUUUUAUUACCAUUAAUCAUUUAGAUUUACAUAUGGCUCAAAUCGUCUUUUCACCCUCACACGAACCCAUCUGAUCGUCGGUAGUUUGAAGACAGGACAGUUGAAAAAAUUAGGCAGAAACGAUGUAUUUAGAUUACAGACGGUUGCGUUGAUAUAUUCAUCAGUUUAAUGCUGUUAUACUAAUAUUAUUAUUACCAUUACAUAAUAUCAACAAAUGUAUUGACGACUAUUACAAAAUAUUAUGGAACAUUGAUUUGGAUGUGGUUUCAGAAAUGAAAUAUUAAGAAAAAUCAAUACGUCCAACAUUUGCUAUGAAUACGAAAACAAGUAAUGGAAUUAAUUGUUAAUGAAUGAAGACACUAGGUUAUUAAAAAGUGGAGAGUAUAAAUUAAUUCAUUCGCUUUUGAUCUUUGGAAGAUUUAAAAAUAACUGGGAAGAGAGGCUUCUAAAACUAUUCAUUCUAUAGAGAUGUGUUCUGUGAGUUGUAUGAUUUAAUUGUUAAGCCUUCGUUGCCAUCUAGUUAACAACACUAGCAGUACAUACUUGAAAAAGAAGUGAAGUAUUAUAAUUUCUUUACAGUUUAUUAACAGUUUGUACAUUGACCCGGGAUUUGAUUUGUUAUUGUCCAUAGUUGUAUUGCCGUUGUUUACAAAUUUACUCUGAUUGUAUUCUCGGCUGGACCUGAUCAUUCUACUGAAUUGCCAGAUCUUUGUAGUGCAUUCAAAGUAUCUGGCGCUAAAAUAGGCUCACCUUAUCUUUCCAAUAGAGCGGUCACUCAGUGGUUGAGAUGUUUGAUUUUAGAUCACUAAACCCCAGGUUCAAACCCCUUUCGACCUACUUGUGUUUGAGUAACUGAAUAUUAUAAUUAGC